CUGAAAGCAGCGGAGGGUGGCUGAGGGGAAAGGGAGGAGCGCCGAGCAGACAGCAAGGUUACACAUGAGAAGCCUGAGGAGGAAUUAAACAAAGCACAGAGGGGAAGAGAAGAGAAAGAACAGGUAGAGUUGGUUGGGAGUAGGUUUCAAUCUUACCUCACAGCUAAUUACCACUUUUUCAGUGUGGUGAAAGAAAGCAAACAGAAGGCGAGUGAGAAAAAAACAGCAAACAGAAAGGGCAGCUGAAGGCACAAGACUAGAAAGCAGAAGUAACAAGAAAAGGAGAGAGAGACAGCAGUUAAAAAGGCGCGUCCAGCAGAUUAACUGAGGAAGAAAAACAAAAAGAGAGAGAGAGACGAGGAGUGAGAGAGGUGAUAAAGUAAGAAAACAGCAAACACUCAUUGACAGAGAGGACUGGACCUAAAUCCAUGGACUACUGACAUCAGCAAAACAAAGGAAGAAGAGCGUCAGAAAAGAGGUCACUGCAGUCCAACAGCAGUGUAGCUUGCUUGAGUGUCUCUGCUAUGCAACUAAGACAGCUGAGAUAGACAAGCUCAAGCACACAGACACAGUUCACAGAGGCAGUCCUCACUGUAACAGCACCAUGUUGAUGAAAGAGUACCGCAUAUGUAUGCCACUGACUGUGGAGGAGUACAGGAUUGGGCAGCUGUACAUGAUCAGUAAGCACAGCUGUGAGCAGAGCGGUGGAGGAGAAGGGGUGGAGGUGGUGAGAAAUGAGCCAAACAUUCACCCACAGUAUGGCUCGGGACAGCUGACCGAGAAGCGAAUCUACCUCAGCAGUAAACUGCCAUCCUGGGCAAAAGCAUUCGUCCCGCGAUUCUUCUAUGUGACAGAAAAGGCCUGGAACUUCUACCCGUACACCAUCACAGAGUACUCAGUAUCAUUCCUCCCCAAGUUCAGCAUCCGUAUUGAGACGAGAUUUGAGAACAACAACGGCGAUAACGACAAUGUGUUUGGGGACACGGCGACCCCAGCAGAGAGUGUGAGCUUCCUGGAUAUCCUGAGUGACCCCAUCCCUGAAAAGCACUACAGAGAGUCGGAGGACCUGAGCCGCUGGCAGUCAAGUAAAACAAGCCGAGGACCUCUGGAGGAAGGCUGGAGAGAUGACCACAAGCCCAUUAUGUGCUCCUAUAAGAGGGUGCAGUGCAGCUUUGAGGUCUAUGGCUUCCAGACCAAGACUGAGGAGUUCAUACACAGAAACAUCCGGGACAUUCUCCUGGUUGGUCACAGGCAGGCCGUAGCAUGGAUAGACGAAUGGCACGGGCUGAGUUUGGAGGAGGUGAGAGAGUACGAGCGGGCGAUGCAAGAGAAGACCAACUGCAAAGUCAAAUCGAGCCAGAACAACACAGGCCCACCGGCUGCCUCUCGUCCUGUGUUCUCUCGCUCCAUCUCGGUGACAGAUGAGCGUUCCCUGAAGAAGAUGGGAGUGACCACUGUGGCCAUGUCUGACCCAUCAGCCUCCUCUGUGCCACCCAGUCCCAUUCGCCUCAACUCCACCCCUGAAUGAUACCGCACACUCACACAUACACAUACUGUACAACCCAAACACGCAGAAACCAAAGUCAGCAUUCACCAGAGUCACGUUGUUUCUCAAAAGCAAACACACCCACAUGCAAACAGUGACAUGAUCCUGAAAGGACAAGUUUGACAUUCCGGGGAAAGUGCUUAUUCACUUUCUGGGGGAGAGUUAGAUGAGCAGUCUUAAAUAUAAAGCUACAUCCAGCAAUUGGUGAGCUUAGCUUAACUUGGCAAAUAGACUUAGAACAGGGUAACAAAAUCCAAUUACCCGCAGCUCUAAAACUGAUGAAUUAACACUAUAUUUUGUCCAUUUAACUUGUACAAAACAAUGAAAUGUCUUAGGAGAUGUACUGCACAAUUUCUUAUUAUAUUACUGUAACAGUAAGGUGUCUAUACUUCAGUUUUUAUACUAAAAUAAUGGAUUAAAAAUGAAAUAUAAUAAGAUCUCAAUAAGAGAUCUUUCAGUGUACUGGUAGUCAGAUUUUCAAUCCAUUUGACAGAGCCAAGAUACCUGUUUCACCAUUUCCAGUCUUUAUGCUAAGAUAAGCUAACUGGUCACUUGCUCCAUAUUUACUGUACAGUUAUGAGAGAGACACUGAUAUUCGCAUCUAAGUGUUUCUCCGAAAAUGUCCCUUAACACCACUGCAGGAAUAUUUCUCUGUUGCUACAGAUGUUGUUGCUCUCUUCACUGCAUGUAAAAACCACACAACUGCGGUAUAAAUGCACAAGAACAUACAUACACUUGGUGCCUACUCAAAGACAAUGUCUUCAGCAGCCU